CAGUAACCGAACCUAUUUUGAUCGUAUUGUGACAUAUUUCCUAACCUGAAUAUUCGUUGUCAUUAACGAUUACUAUCUCGAUUCAGAAGCAGAGCAACAUUUUUUUCUAUCAGGUUCUUUUGUUUUAUACAAAAACGUCGACAAAAACCUCUCCAGAAUUAUUUAUCACAAAUAGGGAUUUAAGGACAAAUACUUUUUAAUUCUCCAUAAAAGCUUUUGCAUUCUCAUGCGAUCAAUCGACAAUCAAAGAAUGGAGAGUUCCGGCGAAAGUUCAUCGAGCAAUCCAACACCUACACGUGGCGAAAGAAAGAGUACUCGAGGCUCAAGACAGAAAGCCGUGGAUAAUUUGAGCAAAAAAUUUUUGAGAAACUUCGAUCCAGAGCACAGCGAACGAGAAAAGCGCAAGUUGUAUCGUCGAUUAUAUCAAAGCUACAGGAAGCAUCUAUACAACGAUGAAGGCAUUUUUAUACGGACAUCGGAUGAUCUCUGCGACUGCUUGAGCUUGGAUUGUCCAGGAUGCCAUUUUCCGUGUUCCAAGUGUUCUUCUCCAAAAUGUGCCCACGACUGCAGGAAUAAUCGCAAAUGGACCUACGAUAGCAUUCAUUGCGAAGGGACUGGUCCUGUGAUAAAAAAUCCACUGAUGAAAGAAACAAAGUGAGAAUUUAAAAACACGCAAAUGUAUAUCUAGAUGUACCUAAUAUAUUCUUAAGGCUCCUGAGUACUUCUGAGCGACACAAAAUCAGACAGCGGUCUGGCGAAUCUGUAGCCCCCCACACAAGCACGAGCCCAUAUACAUGUGUUCUCGGCGCAUCGAAAGUGAGUACAUAUACAUGGCUCGUGCUUGUGUGUGUGUGUUUACAGCGCCUCGCCACAAUAAAUGGCUGAAUUUAUAGGCGUGGAAAAGUGACGAAAUUUAUGUUGCAUGCCAUUUCGUUAUUAUUUGCUUAAUUGUGAAAAUGUGAUUUAUAAAAAUCGUAAUUAUAACGAUGAAAACUAAAGUUAUCUUGGAAUUUUAUAUGUAUAUAUUUUACUCGUUUCAACAGCUAUCAGAUUGUGUCUGUUUCUGCCCGAAUAUAGGCUCGCUUUACGUGUCUUUUACGACCAUUUACUGUCAAGGAAGGAAAGAACAGUUUUCAUCGAUUUUUACAAGUGUUUUAAAGCGAUCUCGUCAUUUCGUUUCAUCCAAAUUGUCUUUAUUUAUAAAUAACAUGCAACAUAAAUUAACGUGUAUUUCUCACUUCUGACGUCACAAUUCCAACACGGCCGCCGCGACUAUUCAAAAGCCUUAAGGAAAUUCUCUAACUUAAAAAAAGAGAUUCACAUGACUUUUCAUGUAUUUUACCGUACAAGUUUGGUCAUUG